GCGAGGGGGCGGCAGAGAGGAGACUCCGAGAGCAGCCGCCGCGUCAGAGACACCGCCAGCCCGGGCAUGGUGGGGCCGCAUCUGCAUCAGCUGCCGCCGCUGCGGGGCCGCGAACAAAGAGGAGGAGCGGAGGCGCGAGAGCAAAGUCUGAAAUGGAUGUUACAUGAGUCAUCUUAAGGGAUGCACCCAACUAUGAGCAUUUCUGAAGCUUUUUUUCUCAGUAAAAUAGAUAACAAUGGAUGAAUCUGCCUUGUUGGAUCUUCUGGAGUGUCCUGUGUGUCUGGAGCGCCUUGACGCCUCUGCAAAGGUCUUGCCUUGCCAGCAUACGUUUUGCAAACGAUGUUUGCUGGGCAUUGUAGGUUCUCGAAAUGAACUCAGAUGUCCUGAGUGCAGGACUCUUGUUGGCUCGGGUGUAGAGGAACUUCCCAGUAACAUCCUGCUGGUCAGACUUCUGGAUGGCAUCAAGCAAAGGCCUUGGAAACCCAGCCUUGGAGGGGGCAGUGGGAUCAACUGCACAGAUGCAUUAAGGGCUCAGAGCAGCACUGUGGCUAAUUGUAGCUCAAAAGAUCUGCAGAGCUCCCAGGGUGGACAGCAGACUCGGGUGCAAGCCUGGAGUCCCCCAGUGAGGGGCAUACCUCAGCUACCAUGUGCCAAAGCAUUAUACAACUACGAAGGGAAAGAGCCUGGAGACCUUAAAUUCAGCAAAGGGGACAUCGUCAUCUUGCGCCGGCAGGUGGAUGAAAACUGGUACCACGGGGAAGUCAAUGGCAUCCAUGGCUUUUUCCCCACCAACUUCGUGCAGAUUAUCAAACCGUUACCUCAGCCCCCACCUCAGUGCAAAGCCCUCUAUGACUUCGAAGUGAAAGACAGGGAAGCGGACAAAGACUGCCUUCCUUUCGCGAAGGAUGACAUCCUGACUGUGAUCCGCAGGGUGGAUGAAAACUGGGCUGAAGGAAUGCUGGCAGACAAGAUAGGCAUAUUUCCAAUUUCAUAUGUCGAGUUUAAUUCUGCAGCGAAGCAGCUGAUAGAGUGGGACAAGCCCCCUGCACUGGGACUUGAUGCUGGGGAAGGUGCCGCCCCAAGGUGCCCCGACACCAAGAAGAGCACCAAGAAGCGGCACUCCUUCACAGCCCUCACCACAGCCACCAAGGCCGCCCAGGCGCCCCAGAACCGCCACUCUAUGGAAAUCAGCCCACCUGUGCUCAUUAGCUCCAGCAACCCCACGGCUGCUGCACGCAUCAGUGAGCUCUCCGGGCUUUCCUGCAGCGCCCCUUCUCAGGUUCAUAUAAGUACCACUGGGUUAAUUGUGACCCCACCCCCAAGCAGCCCAGUGACAACUGGCUCCUCCUUUGCUUUCCCAUCAGAUCUUCCCUACCAUGCCACCCUUGGGAGUAUGAAUCCUCCUCUCCCUCCACCACCUCUCCUGGCUGCCACUGUCCUCGCCUCCACGCCGCCAGGUGCUGCUGCUGGAAUGGGACCGAGGCCCGGGGCGGGGGCCACUGACCAGCCUGCACACUCACGGCCUCAGCCUCGCCCCAGCGUGUAUGUGGCCGUGUAUCCAUAUACUCCCCGCAAGGAGGAUGAGCUGGAGCUGAGGAAAGGGGAGAUGUUUCUAGUGUUUGAGCGCUGUCAGGAUGGCUGGUUCAAAGGCACGUCGAUGCACACCAGCAGAACAGGGGUCUUCCCUGGCAACUAUGUGGCCCCAGUUACCAGGACGGUGACAAAUGUUUCCCAAGCUAAAGUCCCUGUGUCUACUGCUGGCCAGAUGAGUCGGGGGGUGACUAUGGUCAGUCCGUCCACUGCGGGAGGGCCUGCCCAGAAGUUCCAGGGAAAUGGCAUGGCUGGGAGCCCUGGCAUUGUCCCCACUGCCGUGAUAUCAGCAGCUCACAUGCAGACGAGUCCCCAGGCUAAGGUCCUGUUGCACAUGACGGGGCAGAUGACAGUCAGCCAGGCCCGAAAUGCUGUGAGGACAGUCUCAGCUCACAGCCAAGAACGCCCUACAGCAGCAGUGACGCCCAUCCAGGUCCAGAGCACCACCUGCCUCGGCAUCACAGCAGGGGGGCCACCUCCCCACAUGCUGGCCUCCCCACACCCCCUGCCCACCACGGCCGGCCCUGUCCCCCACGCUGCCACUGGUGGUCCCAGUCGAGCCAAUGCCCCUCCGGCCUGUACGGCACCUGCAUUGCUGACCCCCCAGAGUGUUCCUGCCACCUCGCUGGAGAACGAACCUAGUGGUCGGACAGUGACCAUUCUUCCUGGACAUCCCACGUCACCUGACAGUACUUCCUCAUCAUGUGUGAGCAGCUCAGCAUCCAGGCCAGACAAGGACAGUAAAAAAGAAAAGAAGGGUUUGCUGAAGUUGUUGUCUGGCGCCUCCACUAAACGGAAGCUCCGAGUGUCCCCUCCAGCAUCACCCACCCUGGAGGUGGAGCUGGGUGGCAGUGAGCUACCUCUGCAGGGUGCAGUGGGGCCCGAGCUAUCCCUUGGUGGUGGCCAUGGCAGGGCUGGCUCCUGCCCAGUGGAUGGGGAAGGCCCAGUUGCAGUAAUGACUUCAGGUGUGGCCACAACCCAUGAUGCUUCCCAUCGGAAAGCCAGCUCCCUGGACUCAGCUGUCCCUGUCGCUCCCCCUCCUCGGCAGGCAUGCUCCUCCCUGGGUCCCGCCACAUGUGAGUCCAGGCCCGUUGUUUGUGAGAGGCACAGGGUGGUGGUUUCCUACCCUCCUCAGAGCGAGGCGGAACUUGAGCUUAAAGAGGGAGACAUUGUGUUCGUUCAUAAGAAACGAGAAGAUGGCUGGUUCAAAGGCACAUUACAGCGCAAUGGGAAAACGGGCCUUUUCCCAGGAAGCUUUGUGGAAAACAUCUGAGGGGAGAAACCAACCCUGAGAAGGCUUAAAAGUCACAUCACACAACAAAAUAGCACAAAGCAACGUAAUGGGAAGAGCACAUGUGAGGACCUCAGGUGGUCAGGAGAUGAGCAGAGGGCUGAUGUGCCUCAGUGGGGAAGGGUCUGAGGGCUUGUCACUCUGGACCCUGACGUGUCAGGAGUGCCUUGUCCCAUCUGACUCUGCAGAGAAACUGUUCUUUUUAAAGAUACAUAACUAAAAUGGACCAUUGUUUACAAGGCUUAACUAAUUUAUUUGCUUUUUUAAACUUGAACUUUUCUUAUAAUAGAUAAAUUCUCUGGACUAUGAUUUUAAGAAAUUAUUAAUUUAUGAAAUGAUAGCUAAGGAGAAGCUGAAUUAUCUCCUGCUGAGAGGAAGAGAUUUGAUUAGACGUAGAACACACCUUCCCUCCCUCCUUCCCUACCCUUCACUGUUAGAUUUUGGGGUUAUGUUUUGCUUCUUUCAGACAGAAAUGCCAGUUCUCUAAUUUAGUUUCCUUCUUUGGGAAAUGGAACAUUCGGCUGCAUCAGUAUCCAUAAGGGCUUGGGGCAGGGAGGGAGAAGAGAAUCGGUGAUUCCCGUCUUUCUACUUUGGUUGAGAAUCACUCUUGAGACCUACUCUUCGAUUUAAUUUUGUGGGUUUUUAGUUUGCCUAGAAUGAAAUCAGUGAAGUGACAGGGAGUAAAGAAAGCAUAAUCCUCCGGCUGGAUGAUGGCUCACGCCUGCAAUCCCAGCAUUCUGGGAGGCUGAGGCAGGUGGAUCACCUGAGCUCAGGAGUUCAAGACCAGCCUGAGCAAGAUCAAGACCCCAUUUCUACUAAAAAUAGAAAAACUAGCUGGGUGUUGUGGUGGGCGCCCGUAGUCCCAGCUACUUGGGAGGCUGAGGCAAGAGUAUUGCUUAAGCCCAGGAGUUUGAGGUUGCUGUGAGCUGUGAUGCCACAGCACUCUACCCAGGGUGAGAGAGUGAGACUCUGUCUCAAAAAAAAAAAAAAAAAAAAGCACAACCCUUGAAUAAGAUGUUUUCAGAAAUAUAUUUAGUUUUAUAGCAGAAGCAACUCACUUCAUCUGUUAGAGAGUAGAGAAAGUUGACACUGUAUUUACUGUCUAAGAGUGACUGUGAAAUGUCAUCUCCCAUUUCACCCCCAUGAUCUGUAUGCCUGGGACACAGUGAAACAUAUGUGAGAUAGGGCUGGUAAGUGGUGCCCUGGUGUUAGAGUCAAAGGCUGUCAGAAUCACUGUGAAGAGUGUCCACUCAUCCACUGUGACCCUCUCCCAUAUCCUGGGUGUGUUGCUGGAUGCCAUGGUAAUACAGGCUGUGUGUGCACAUUUCACUGCCUGCUCCCUGCUGAGGUUAGUCUGCCCAGCCAUGUGCCGUGGUGCAAGCCACACAUGGAGAUGCUCUUUUAUGUCCUCCCUAUAGGCAGACGUCCAGGACAAGUUUACUGGGAGGGUUGGUGGGAGCCAGUGGUGGUGGGAUCUGCUGAGCCUGUCUUUUUAUAUCUGUCCUUUGAUCCCAUCGCAGUGCCGCUCAUUCAUGGGCUUGGGUAGUUUUGAGAACAAUAGGAGCGAAGGCAUCCUGGCAGGAAAUAUGUUGUUACCACAGUUUUCUUGUGGGAAAUCAAUAAAUAAACCUUUUUCUUUUUUCCUCUUUUUUUUGUACUUUUAAGAAUUAAAACUGGUAAGCAGAGACAUGAACUAAAAAGUCUUCUUGCAUUGACAAGAGGUUUCAUAGUCUUAAAAAGAUACAUGGCUGAAAAUAAAAUCAUUCCUAAAUUUUUUAGAUAAAACACUGUACAUUAUGUUCCUGUGUGUUGAAUUUUUAAAAAAUACUUUACUUGGAUAUUCAUGUAAUAUAUAAAAGUUUAGUGAAAUGAACUUUAGUUAGAAAAAAAAGCUGGCAUCAGCUUUCAUCUGUGUAAGUUGACACCAAUGUGUCAUAAUAUUCUUUAUUUUGGGAAAUUAGUGUAUUUUAUAAAAAAUUUUAAAAGUGAAGAGACUACUACAGGUUAAGAUAAUUUUUUACCUGUCUUUCCUCCAUAUUUUAAGCUACGUGAUUAAAGUACCUCUGUUAAUACUUUCCUGGUAUAAAGUUGGUUAAAAUUUCAUCUGUUAAUAGAUCAUUAGGUAAUAUAAUGUAUGGGUUUUCUAUUGGGUUUUGGAGAUGGUAGGUAGAGAUUUUGUAACAAGGCCUUGUUACACAGUGCUAUGGUAAUGAUAAAAUCAGUUUAUCAUUCCUUCUCAUGUUAAUAAUUUGAGGACUGGAUAAAAGGUUUUGAGAUUAAAAUGUGAUGUUC